CCGAUCGGUGCACCGUGCGUGUUGGAUAUUUUCUUGGAGAGCCAUAUUUACUGUGUUAUCUUAAGAACGAAACGUUUAUAUCUCCGGUUAAAUACCGGAACACCGAAUUACGAACUUGGGUUAAUCACCGACGAGGAUGCAAUGGCGUCGCCUUAUCUUUUACUGAAACAUAAGCAAACGCUGUGACGGUCACAGAUAAUCUACGACGGUUCAAUGUGACUUUUAAAUCGACAUUCAAAGUAUACAAAAAGAUUGACAAUAAAAGAUUAAUGUUAUGAUUAUCGUCGAGUUUAUAGUUCGUGAAUUUGGAGAUCAAAGUCCGCGAGAAGCAGAUCAGGCAGGCUAGGCACUCUGGUGCUUUAGCGUGGGUUAUGGAUCCCGCUGGGCCGUGGUAUGCAUCGUACAAUCGUUUAGCCACAAGUGGUGCUGCUGGCACGUUUCAAACUACGAGUCCAACCACGAGCGGUGAUUUUGCAUCUCAUCAUUUGCCCACGGCUGUUACCCAAUCUGCCCCCUCGACAACGUCGCAGCUGCUUUUGCAAGCAGCUCAUACAACGGCAACGCUGGCAGGACAACCUUCGCCGUUUAAUCCUGGAGGGUUUCUAUCUCCGCCUCCGGUCGGCUACGAUGUAUUCUCCCCCCUGUUUCAUCAUGCAAAUACUAAACAAGCGCAUUACGUUUCGCAGCAUAGACAAGCCCUGGUUCACGCUCAGGCAGUUGCCACGACGAAGCAAAACACUUCGACGGAAAAUGAAAUUUCAACACUUAGAGAGAAUUAUAACUCUUCGCACCAAGCAACAUUCUUUGAGCACCAGGGAAACGCUUCGUCACCAACAACGUCAAGCUUAGCAUGGACACAUCAAAAUAAUUCCCAACUUCCCAGCCCUUUUGGCAUUUUACCACACGAAAGUGUUGUUCCAUCUUCACCUGGACCUCCUUCGUCCAAGUCUGGUGGAACUGCGUAUGAAAAUACGUUCAACGCCCACUUUGCUGCAGCUCAAACCUUAAACAAUCUGAAUUCGCAGCUACCUUCUCCUGUAGUAACGGCAGCCGAGUUCAAAUCAUCCAACUAUACAGAGACUAAGAAAGUCACUAGUGUCAGGCCACAGUCUCCGGCUGUUACUGUGAAACCAGUGGUCUCUGCUCCAACGGCUAACAGUACUCAACCAUUUUUUCAACAAGGAGCUGCGUCAUUCGGAUCAGAACCUCUUUCUAGUAAUUACGCAGCUGGAAGUGGGAACCAAUCUUCUAACGCAAAGGUUCAAUCUUCUCUUCAGCAUCAACAAUCGUGUAUUGUCUCUACAGCCAGCAAUACAUUGGGCAAGGAAUACAGGAUCCCACAACCUCCGAUAAGGUCGGCGUCGACAACUUCUAUUUUUUUGAAUACAAGUGCUGCAGUGAGAACGACACCUUCGCAAGUUCAGGAAAAACAACCAGCAAGAAAUAGCAACUUCGCUUCCCCCCCCAGCAAGGGAGCUGCAGUAACUCCCCAAUCAAUUCAAACUAAAGCACAAACUAAAAUUUAUCCUGAACUAGGUAGCCAUGGUGAGCACAGAAGAACAGAUCAAAAUGCUCACGAGAAUAGCCAAUCAUCACCCAUCAGCUUUUCUCUGAUCGAUUCUAGGGGGUUGAAUUAUGCCGGCAAUAAUACGACCAAUUGUAAUAACGCGAACAGUAAAUUAGCCAACAGUCAAAGAACUCCAACUAACAGCAAUAUUCAACAGCAGCACAGCCAACAACAGUUCCACGCAUUAAAUCAGCAACAACAGCAACAGCAGCAGCAGCAACAACAACAACAACAACAGCAACAGCAGGCAACUCCUUACAGACAUUAUUCUACAAGCUCUACAAGCGAUUCCGAAUAUCAUCACUCUGGCAGAUCAAAGUCUACGACUUCCACAGACUCUGCAUAUUCUUCAAAUAAUUCUACGCAAAAUGGGCCCGACUGCGCAGUUGUUGUACCAAGGAGGCCUAGUCCUCUGCAAGCACAUUCACAGGCCAGUCCUCUGGGCCAUGUACCAAGUCCUGCUUAUCCGAUGUAUAAUAGCCCAAUGGCAACAAUGUCUUCUCCGUCUCCUUUACAGCAGCACGGGGAGCCUAGUGGAAGUCAAUGUACUAACGGGUCCCAGUUCAAAGCAACUGUUCAACAAGUCACGCCUCCUUCUCCAUUGGAUGUUACCGUUCCCAGACCAGCAUCUCAAAAUCAGGUCGCAUAUUCUUCAGUGAUUACUAGGGCAUUAGGAACAACGGAGAAUAACAAGGCCAGUUACAACGCGGAGAACAGAAGCUACGAAAGGCAGCAGGAAUUUAGCCAGAAUCAAAAACAGCAGGUUUGUUGGGAAAAUGAUAAUAGACAGACAAAUGCCAGUAGAAAAUUUCCAGUUACAACUUACCCGGCUAGUAACGCAGAUAUGAGUACGCAAAAUUUACCCGUUCAACAGCAGGCGCAGAGAGUUUUAAAUAUUUCUGAACGGCAACAGGCUUAUUUUGAUUCAAGCCAAGUUACUUUACAGGAUCUAAGCAGCUGUAGGGGUGAUCCUAUGAGCAUUGUUAAAAAUUUACAGACCUUGCAGCAGGGCUCAUGUCAGAUACAGCAACAAGCUUCUACUCCCAAUCCGGCCGAGCAGCAGAAACAGGUUGAAGAAAGGCGGAAAGUUGAUGCUGUAAGUAAGAAGAGGAAAAAUGUCGAGAAAGGAACACAUGGGUCGUCACUUAAUGAUUUGGCAGGAGCGGCAGCUAUGACAGAGUAUUUAAGUAGAAUACCACCUCCUGCUCAUCAUAACGCUAAUCAGCAGCAACAAAACGGUUAUUUCGAUUUUGAUAGGUGGAAUAUUCCUCCACCACCGUCAAAAAUUUUUCCUUCGACUCCAGGAACAUUUGCUUCUCAAACGACGUUACAUCAUUCUAGUAACUUUGUUAGUAAUCCUGCACAUCAACAUCAGUCUUUGAUGGUUACCCACCAUCACGCCCCCCCGCCGAUACCAUAUUUUCCGGCGUUUCACAUACCACCUGGGCAUCAUGCUCAUCAUUCGCACGAGUUUCAAUCGUCAGUUGAAAUAGCACCUGCUGCAUAUGGUGAGAACUCAACAAACCAUGCAAAUUACAAUCAAGAUGCGAGAGACGAUCAGCCUAAGGUCAUAGUUCCAAAUAUCGAAGAAGAAUUAGGGUUUCUUCAACAAAAUCAAGAACCUGUCCAGAGUUAUAAUCGAAUUAACAAAGACGCCAAGGGGCCGGGUAGCGGCAAAGAUCCUAAUUCUGGCUUUAUGACUAGUUAUCUCAAAUUCUUACAAGGUGAAAGAGAUCCAUCUCCUCCACCUGCGAUUCGUGGUGGUAGAAAGGCAACAUGGAAUAGGUCAAAGCCUUACAUUCCACCGGAACCACAUAAACCAGCGUCAAUUGAAAGUUCAACUCGAGCUUCCACAAAUGGCGUCAAUACGCAGCCUCAAGAAAAAACAGUCCAACCAACCUCCAAGAACACGACAAUUGACUAUGCCAACGAUCCAAGAUACUUCCCUUUACCUAAGGAGAGAAAAAAGCAAAACUUUGAUUCUAGCGAUGAUGGGUUUACUAGUGAUGAUGACUUCUCAUUUCCUCCCAAAAAAAGUGAAAAGAAAUGUGUGGAAUAUACAACUACCAAAUCGGAAGGAAAGCCUCGGAAAGGUAGGCCAAUAAAACCUGGUGGACCGACGGAUAGAAAAAGGAAAGCUGCAGCGGCUGCAGCCGAGGCUGCUGCAGCUGCUGUUGCUGAGAAGAAUGCAAAAAAAAUGGAAGAAGUGGAUCCCUUAUUGCUACCUCCGAGACGUGAGACGUCUAGAAGAAAAGCAAAGGAGAAAACAUCGGUGAAACAGUUUCUCGAUCGGCAGCAGGGCAUUGAUUACUUUGACAACGACGAGGAGCUCGGUGAUUCUGAUUCUGAUCCAGCAUGGACACCUGCUGUUAAACUGGUCGGAGAGGAGGAGGAGAAAAAAAAGAAAAGAAGUAGACCUGUCAUAACGAAGAAAACGAGAAGAAUUAUCGACGAGGAUGGAUAUUCAUCAGGAGAUAUUGCCGUACAGAGAAAAGCAUCGAGAAAAAAGCAAGGCACUCUUGGGAAACAUUCUGGCAAUGCAACAAAAGCAUCGACUAAACUAGAAGAUAAAGUAAUCCCAGUUAACAGUGAUGAUGAUUUGGAUAUAUCGCCAUUCAAGUCUGGCGAAUUCGUGGUAAUUAAGUCGGAUUUGGAUGAAGAGUUUCCCGCCCUUUGGAGAAUAGAUGGCAAGACGCUACUUCAGAAAUACGAGCCUUUUAAAUCGAAUGGGAAAACCUUGUACAGAAACAUAUCUACGUAUUCUGGCUGGGCGCCUCAAAAUCGUCACAUAUACCAACAAGUUCCAAUAAAGUUCUGGCAGCAAGGCAAAAUGGAAACCGUCGUAGAAUUUCUACGUGAUGAAAUGAUUAUCGACGAUAGCGAACAUAUUGACAAAUCAAUGAAAGAUACGGAAAAGUAUCAGGACAACUUCGAAGUGUACAUACAAACGCUCAUUUCUCAAGCCCUCGAUUCGAAUUUUCUCACUGAAAUAUUUCAGGAACAAGAUGAUUAUUUCCUGUCCAAUGUAAAAACAGUUGAUGAAGUAACUGAAGAAAGAAAACGUCGACUUUUGGCUACCACAAAAUGGAAACCAAAUGUUGUAACAGCAAUAUCCACAUGGCCAUGCCUGAAUAUCCUUAAAGAUCUUCCAGCGUCUGAAUGUAAAGGAAAACAAUGUACCGGUUGUCAGCAGCAGAAAAUUCACGCCAGAGUUCUGUUGUAUGGUCAACCGUACAACGGCACUACUCUCGAAGGCUCGCCUCCAGACCCUAGAAUCCCUCAAGAGAAGGAUUUUUUUCUAUGUCGAAUAUGUCAAGGGAAGGUAGCUCUGUACAAUAAGGUGGCGCAUCAAAAGUAUCUAAUGUUCUUGGAGUGUGCCAAGCGAGUAGCUGAUAAGCGAGUUGCGGAUCCGCAUAAGGAUACAACUAUUAUACUUAACGAAUUACUUGCUGACGAAACUUGGCUCAAUCAGUUGUUCAAAGAAGUACGAAGUAUCUGGGCAGAAAUUGAUAUCAUGGAACAACAAACUAAAGCAAAAGUAAAUUCUCGGAUGAAGUCAACAACUCCAAGUUUGGAAAUUGACUCUGUAACAAAUACUUCGACGACGCUGGUAAAUGCAGGACCUGCUGCCACCCCUAUUUCACAGGUGCCUACUGAAAGUAAUCCAUUGACAAUGGUCAAUAAUACCCAAAUGAAUUUUGAGUCAUCUUAGUUCUGCUAUGACAAUUUUCACAAUCAAUGAUGACCGAGUAGCUUCUAUAGAUAUGCAUUCUCUAACCCAGUGACAAAAUAAACUUGCGAAGAGAGUAUAU